GUCGACUGGGUCGUCCGCUGUUACACCGACCCUGUGGUUGUCCCCGACGAUGCCGCCACGGUGUCGAUGGAUAGCCUGCCCCUCAGGCUCUUACACAGCGGCCUUAAGCAUAUCAAAUACAUGGUCGACAUCAUUGAGAAUUGGAUUAUGCCCGACGGCGUCAGCCUGGACACCAUCGCCGAGGCGCACAAGAACGGCGUCACCGACGAUAGCUCCACGACCCUGCCCGCGGGUAUCGCGCCAGCACAGCCUUUGCCGAAAGGCGCUAUCAUGCAGAUCAUCGUCCACAAGGAGACUGUGUUGAAACAUUUUAUAUUCCCGACUCUAGUGUCCGCCAAGGUCGCUGCUUCCAUCGCCGUGGGCAGGGCGCACACUAUCGCGCACAGGCCGAACACUUGCGGCGCUCGGGAGGCUUUCCAGCAGCUGCUGGAACGAACCGGUGGGUGGAAGCUGCUGCUCGUGGGCGGCAUGCAGCAGUGGAAUCCGACGCCAGAGCAGUUGCAGGCGGGGGUUGACUGGGUGAACAGGUGGGCACUUGCAGGCGUCAGCAUGAACCAGCAAUUGGCGUGGAUCCGAGUUCAGACUCGCGAUGCCGAUUCUCCGACUUACAAAUGGCCUAAGAGUGAAGUGAAAGAAUUGGUUUCCAAAGAAGGCGAAGGGCACCACCAAGCGGACCCAGAGAUGUUCUUCCCCUUGACGGUCUACGACCUCAAGCCAGCGCUCGUGGACAAGAUACUUCCGCUGAUCCUGACGCCGCUCGCCACAAGCGGCUGCAUGGUCACUGGAAAAGCAGGCGAUGGAAAGACGCAGUUCGCCAAGAUUGUCGGCAUGACGACGGGGCGUCGGCGCUCCAUGUCGGACGGCGGCGACGGCGCCACCGCGGGCUGGCGGAGAGGCACACUGAUGGAUGUCUUCCGAGAUACGCCGGGCAGCAUCGAGGUCGGUUGUCUCCUUGACGAUCCGACCCCGUCCAUCACCGACAUCGACCCUGAGACACUCAAGAGUUUUCUGGGCGUCGGAGAGGAUUGCCUACGCAACGCCCGCUACAAUCCCGCCAAGUUCUGCAUUGACCAGUUCCGCUGCGCCAUGCGCAACGACUGGGACGAGGCGUCGGAGCCAGCCAAAGGGUUCGGGCCUACCUCGGAGGAAACCUUUCUGGCCGCGUUGAAACGGGCGCUGGCGGACGUACCCGACAAGCAUCUCUGGGCCAUCAUGAAGCGAGGGGUCGCGAUAAUCGCCGGCCACAACGGCGCGCGCGUUCGCAUGCCCAGCGAGCGCAAGGGCCAGUUCAUCUACACCUUCGACGCGGACGACGUCGGAGAUGACUGGCUUCAGAAAACAAACAAGCCAUGGUUGAACGAGCACAGGAAGGGCAAGAAGGUGGCGCCCGAGGGCCACGCCGAAGCCGCGCGCGAGGAGCAUGACUACAUCGUCUCUCUGGUCGACACCACGCCCACUCAGGGAACGAGGCGCAGGUGGGCCGUUGAUUGGGGCUCCACGCAGCCUCCUCGCCGCAGGCGUUGGAUUAGGUCGACCGACGGGGUGGCGCCGCAGGGCGGCGCGACUCCGAACGACGCGCCCGCGGCACUUAUCGGCGAGCCUGCGAGCGCGCACGUCGACCCCAUCACGGGCGCUGGGCCGAGCCGCUCGCCCGCGAGCCCCUGCGCCGACGAUUGCGACGCGGACGCCAUGCCUCCCGUCGGCGCA